AUGGAGGGGAAGCGCUUCGUGGAGCUGGGCAAGGAGGAGGAUUUCCCCCAUGAGCUGGACCCGCUGGACGGGGAGCUGGACCCCGGGCUGCCCAGCACCGAGGACGUCAUCCUCAAGACGGAGCAGGUCACCAAGAACAUCCAGGAGCUGCUGCGGGCGGCGCAGGAGUCCAAGCAUGACAGCUUCGUGCCCUGCUCGGAGAAGAUCCACUCAGCUGUGACAGAGAUGGCCUCGCUCUUCCCCAAGAAGCCGGCGCUGGAGACGGUGCGGAGCUCCCUGCGGCGAAGGAAAACGCCCACGGGCAGCGGGUCUCCUACAGCGGGUGCUCCAGCUCGGUCCUGCGCGUCCCGGCGCAGCAAAACGGCCCCGACGGGGGGGAUGUUGCUAAAACGGCUGCGCUGCAGCGCCCGGGGCCUGGGCUGCCUUGCAGAGAGGGAGGAGGAGGAGGAGGAGGAAGGGCGGCAGAAGGGACCGUGGGCAGCGCUCGUGCCCUGUGCACACGUGGCGGCUGGAGAUCGGCUCAGGUUCGAGAGCAAAGCGUUUGGAAGGGGGAAACGCACCGUUCCGACAGAGCUUGUGGAGAAACACAGCAGUAAGACGCUCCGAAGCGGCUCGCGGGGCCGGAGCAGGACCCCUCGGGGCAACACGGCCACCCCCGGCGCCCGGCCGCUACAGUAG